AUGGCCGCAAUCGAGUUCGGAAGGAGGCGGAUCUUCAUUUUAAUCGCGUCAAUCGGAGUUUUGAUUCUUCUCUUCAACGUUUUGUCACUGACAGGGGAUGACGUGUCCUCGCAAGUAUCCAGGCUCCAUCUCCCCGGCCGCCCUCGACCACCGAUCGCUGCACCAGAAGAACCUUCGAUACAUCCCUCCCAAGGAGAAGAAGAACAAGAAGAACAGGAAAACCCACCAGAGCUUGACGUCGACAUACCAGAUUCGCACCCGAUCUAUGGGCUAAGACUGGAGGCAGACCAGAGAUGGCGCGAAUACGAGAGCGGAAGGUCUUUGACAUUCAGGCAAACCGUGGAGAAGUAUCGCCGCAGUCAUGGACGACACCCUCCGCCAGGCUUCGAGAAUUGGUAUAAGUUCGCUCGAAAGAAAAUGGUAUUCAACAUCGACGACUUCGAGCAGAUUAUGGAUGACCUUAGACCGUUUUGGGCUAUUGAACCGAAGACGAUACGACAGUAUGCAGCGCAUAUGUGGGAGAAUCCUGACCAUGGUAUUGCCGGAAUACACGUCCGAGAUCAUAAAGUUGUGAACCUCACCAACCGCAGCUGGAGGUCAGAGACUAUGCAAACGGUUAUCGAAAAAUUUGUGGAAUUCCUACCUGACAUGGACAUCGCCAUGAACCGCUUGGAUCAGCCGCGGGUGGUAGUGCCGUGGGAUGACAUGCAGAGCUUACUGGCUAAAGAGUACGAGACAAGGGCGCUGCCGGCCGAAGUGAUGGAUAGCUUCACGAAGCAGCAAGAUUAUCUUCUCAACACCACGGUCCAAAAGCCUGAGGACGACACUUCUGAGCGCAUCGAUGCUGAAUGGUUCCCGCGGCCUGGUAAACAGUACAUGGAAUUGGCCUCGCUGGCCUGCCCACCUGAUUCACCGGCUCGAUCGAAUGUGUCGGUGGCACGGGCAGAUGCAAUGUACAAGCAUGAUCUAGGAGGAUUAAUCACUAACUUCACUCGUGCAACCGAUCUUUGCACAGUAGGUCCUGCCAUUCAAGACCUACACGGACUUCUAUACUCGGCAUCUAGCAUCGUCGCCUCCAAGAAACUGUUACCUGUGUUUGGCGAAUGCAAAGUUAACAUCAAUUCGGACAUCCUUUUCCCAGCGAACAUGUACUACAAACACGACGACCGGUACGAUUACUCAGACUCAGAGGACCUUGCGUGGGAAGACAAGAGCGAUACCAUGAUAUGGCGAGGAGUGACAUCUGGAGGGGUCCAGACCACGGAAAACUGGAGUACCAUGCACCGGCAGAGGCUUGUUCAAUUGCUCAACGGUACCUACAUGUCGACGACUGGUAAAGAAGUGUCUGUGAUAUCCGAGACACCACAAUCCUCAAGAGCUCCAACUUUAAACAAGACUUAUGAGAAUUUCCAUCGGUUUCAGCCUAGCUUGUUUGCGGAGCAGCAUACGGAUGUCGGAUUCGUCGAAGCAUGGGGUUGUGUCCCUGGUGACUGUGCGUUUUACAACGAUGUCUUCACAUUCAAGCCUCAGACCAGUCUUACUUCACAGUUUCGAGACAAAUAUCUGAUCGAUGUGGAUGGUCAUUCUUUCUCUGGACGAUGGCAUGCAUUCCUUGAGAGCAAAAGCCUUGGGUUCAAAGCAACAAUCUUUCGGGAAUGGCAUGACAGUCGCUUGUUCGCAUGGAGACAUUUCAUCCCUGUCGACAAUCGUUAUGACGAUCUCUACUCGCUACUACUGUACUUCAUUGGUUAUGGUAAGCCAGGGAUACAAAGGACGGAAGGAGACGACUACGCCAAUGGAGACGUAUAUAUGGCAAGUCAUGACGCCGAGGGCAAGAAGAUUGCAAGACAGGGAAGGGAAUGGGCGAAGAAGGUUCUGAGGAGGGAGGAUAUUGAAGUUUACAUGUUUCGUCUCCUGCUCGAAUAUGGCAGGAUUAUUGAUGACAAUCGGGACCGUAUUGGCUACUCGGAGGAUGGUUCAAAACUUGACAAGUUCGAAGACGAGGCCGAAGAGGGUUCAGGCAGCAGAUGGGGCCUUGGAAAGAUCUUUGGGACGAAGCCGCCAAAAGCAGCCUAG